AUGUCAGUGCCCUAUCCCAAUGCCCUGUCCAUGUCAGUGCCCUAUCCAUGUCAGCACCCUAUCCCAGCGCCCUAUCCAUGUCAGCGCCCUAUCCAUGUCAGCGCCCUAACCCAGCACCCUAUCCAUGUCAGCGCCCUAUCCAUGUCAGCGCCCUAUCCCAGCGCCCUAUCCAUGUCAGCACCCUAUCCAUGUCAGCACCCUAUCCAUGUCAGCGCCCUAUCCAUGUCAGCACCCUAUCCAUGUCAGCACCCUAUUUAUGUCAGCACCCUAUCCAUGUCAGCGCCCUAUCCAUGUCAGCGCCCUAACCCAGCACCCUAUCCAUGUCAGCACCCUAUCCAUGUCAGCACCCUAUCCCAGCACCCUAUCCAUGUCAGCACCCUAUCCCAGCGCCCUAUCCAUGUCAGUGCCCUAUCCCAAUGCCCUGUCCAUGUCAGCGCCCUAUCCAUGUCAGCGCCCUAUCCAUGUCAGCGCCCUAUCCAUGUCAGCGCCCUAUCCAUGUCAGCGCCCUAUCCAUGUCAGCGCCCUAUCCCAGCACCCUGUCCAUGUCAGCGCCUGAUCACAGCGCCCUAUCCAUGUCAGCGCCCUAUCCCAGCACCCUGUCCAUGUCAGCACCCUAUCCAUGUCAGCGCCCUAUCCAUGUCAGCGCCCUAUCCAUGUCAGCGCCCUAUCCAUGUCAGCGCCCUAUCCCAGCACCCUGUCCAUGUCAGCACCCUAUCCCAGCGCCCUAUCCAUGUCAGUGCCCUAUCCCAAUGCCCUGUCCAUGUCAGCGCCCUAUCCAUGUCAGCGCCCUAUCCCAGCACCCUAUCCAUGUCAGCGCCCUAUCCAUGUCAGCGCCCUAUCCAUGUCAGCGCCCUAUCCAUGUCAGCGCCCUAUCCCAGCACCCUGUCCAUGUCAGCGCCUGAUCACAGCGCCCUAUCCAUGUCAGCGCCCUAUCCAUGUCAGCGCCCUAUCCCAGUGCCCUAUCCAUGUCAGCACCCUAUCCCAGCACCCUAUCCAUGUCAGCGUCCUAUCCCAAUGCCCUGUCCAUGUCAGCGCCCGAUCACAGCACCCUAUCCAUGUCAGCGCCCUAUCCAUGUCAGCACCCUAUCCCAGCGCCCUAUCCCAGCACCGUAUGAAGGCCUGACUCAGCAUCUGUGUGAGUCUUGCCUUUCCAGGACUCAGCUUUCUCAUCUGCAAACAUGUAUGGAAUAA